GCGGUCCCUCCUGGGCUAAAAGGGUGGUCGGAAACAGAUGUCUCAUUAGUUUAUUUGUUGUUUGUACCAAUUCUUAUUGGGCUUGGCAAAUUAACCGACCCAAAACAGUAGAAAAAACAGAGUCAGUGAUGGCGUGUCAACUUUUGAGUGGAUGAAGAACGUAAGAAUGAAGCGAAAUUAAUUUGCGAUGACUGUCGGCGAUCCGUAACGACGAAGAAGAACACACAAAAUUUGGUUCCCCUAUCCCAUCCCAUCCCAUCUCUCUCAUUAUUUCCCCCUACGCCAUAAGUCGAAAUCUAAAUCCCCACUCCAAAAACCUCUCUGUCUCUUGCCCAAUCAAUUUACCAAAUAAAACAGCCAUUCUCCGGCCCUCCUAAACAUCUCCCAACCGCAAUGUCCUCCUCAGCUCCACCCGUCCUUCCAAUCUCCACUGCCCAAUCCGAAUCCCAACCACCCGUCGCCACUCCUGCAUUUCGCACUUUUAUCUCCAAUCUCUAUGAUUCCCUCCGUAACGGCCUCUCACAGCGUCGUCCCUGGGCCGAACUUGCUGAUCGUUCCGCCUUCUCCAAGCCUGAGUCUUUCUCCGAAGCCGCCCUCCGUGUCCGCAAAAAUUACUCGUAUUUCCGAGUCAAUUAUCUCUCGUUGAUUGGUCUCAUUCUUGCCUUUUCGCUUCUAUCCCACCCCUUUUCCCUUCUCCUCCUUCUAGGACUCCUCUGCUCCUGGAUCUUCCUCUACCUCUUCCGCCCUGCUGACCAGCCUCUCGUCAUCUGCGGCCGUACCUUCUCCGAUCUCGAGACCCUCGGUAUCCUCAUCAUCUUUAGCGUCUUCGUUGUCUUCCUCACCACUGUUGGAUCUCUUCUCAUUUCUGCUCUCAUGGUUGGAAUCGGACUCGUCUGUGCUCACGGUGCCUUCAGGGUCCCAGAGGAUCUCUUCUUGGACGAGCAAGAACCAGCAGCCACUGGUUUCUUGUCCUUCCUAGGUGGUGCUGCCUCCAAUGCCGCUGCUACCGCUGCCCCUGCUGUUGCCGCUCGUGUCUGAAUCUGAUCCAAUCAUCCGUCUUUCUGAAUCUUGUUCUCUAGGGAUAGUACAAUAUCGCUUCAAUUGUGAUUGAUUCAAUUUUUCCCUUUUUUUGGACAAUAAAUUUUUGCAAAAUUUUCCCAUUUUAUGAAAUAGGGUUUAUGUUAAUAUUGAUGAAAUGUAUUUGGAUCUGGUUUAUUAGAUACUUUAUUCUGGUGCGUCAAUUGAGACUCCAUGAUUCAAAGUUGUAAUCCAUUUUAUUGGCACAGAUCAUACGUAGAAAUCAUAUCGUUUAUUCUGUAUCUAGUGA